ACGACAACGAACCCGUAGUCGUUAACCCCACAGGGUGGAGUGAAGACCCGAAAAAAAUCAACAAGAAACGUAUUUGUGGAGAAGGAGAACCAGAAACCCAUUCUCUACCAUUGAAAUUAUCUCCCUAUAACUCCAACCUUCCAAUUUCUGCACCUCAUGUUCACCACCAACGUCCAUGGCCGGCGCAUCUACUUCCUUCUCCCCUCAUCUCAUCAAAUCUACCGUCUCCAAUCUCGCCAGAACAAUCCGCGCCGCCACCCCUUUUCAUCUUGUUCCUUUCUCCACCAAGACUCCCAAUAGCCCCCUUUCCUCUUCUGAAGACCUUGCUCAAGGACCCUCUUGCAUAUUCGUCGGCCCCAUCGAAACCGCCACUCAAGAAACCCUUGAAGCUCUCUAUCUCCAGGCUAGGGAUGCGUAUUACAGUGGCCAACCGUUGAUUCUUGAUGAUAUGUUUGAUAGAGUCGAGUUGAAACUGAGGUGGUAUGGCUCCAAAUCUGUGGUUAAAUACCCUCGUUGUAGUCUUAGACGGCAAUCGACGUAUUCAGAUGCUGAGGAAGAUCUAUCACAGGUUCUGGCAUUAGCAGGCAUAUGGUUGCUGUUUCUGGCACUUGGUUGUUCCGCAUGUCUUGUUCCUUUAAUCUGCAUAGCUGACUUAAUUUUCAAGGAUCCACUGAGUUUAGGACUUUCCUAUGACACCCAUGGAUCUCCAUUUGGAUUUCUUUCUGCUAUAAAUGCCAUCCUCUUCAUGGCAUUUGGGUCUUUGAUUGGCUACCCGAUUACUACAGCUUCUGUGGGAGUACUUCAAGGGUUAUGGAGAAAUGAUUUGGUGGCACUUAAAGGAGCCUGCCCAAAUUGUGGAGAAGAAGUGUUUGCAUUUGUGAGAUCUGAUCGUGCCAAUGGCUCUCCUCAUAGAUCAGACUGUCAUGUUUGUGAGUGCUUGUUGGAAUUCCGGAUCAAGUUUGAGAUUACAGAAAUCAAGUACAAAACUUGGUCGACAAUGGGUUUACGGGCGUAUCUACCUUGUAAGGCGUAAAAGCAGGCACCAAAGAUUGCUGUAGGAUUUCUACUCCCAACUUGUAAGAGCAAUUUGUCUAUACAUGUAGUGACAUGAUUCUUUUCCAGUCUUGAUCUUGCUUGCAAUGUAACUAAGUGAGAUAAUAUGCAACGAUAUCUUAUAGUGCCAGCUAGGUGAUUACAAAUUAAGUUAGCUGCUGCCAAUAGUUGAUUGAUACUCUUUCAUCAUCUUAAUCCCAUGGGCUUUGCAUAUUCCAUUUGUAGUC